UUAUUACAUGAGAAGAGGUUAUGUUUACAUAUUAUUUUGAAAAUAUCUCAACAAUAUGAAUUUAAACAAACCGGAAUUAGAAGGAACAGCACAUUUACUGGAUGAACUGGACAAAAAGCUGAUGGUAUUGCUUCGAGAUGGAAGGACUUUGAUAGGGUACUUAAGAAGUGUAGAUCAGUUUGCUAAUUUAGUUUUACAUCAAACUAUUGAACGAAUACAUGUAGGAAAUGAAUACGGGGACAUUCCAAGGGGAGUAUUUAUCGUCAGAGGAGAAAAUGUUGUACUCCUUGGUGAAAUAGAUGCUGACAAAGAAGGUGAACUACCAUUGACUGAAGUGUCAGUGGAUGAUAUUUUAGAUGCUCAAAGAAAGGAACAAGAGUUGAAACAGGAAAAACAGAAGUUACUUUCUAAAGCCCUAAAAGAAAGGGGUCUAAGAUUAAUGCAAGAAUUGACUCAUGAUGAUAUGUUUUAACUUAGAACUCUGUAUAAGGAUGUUUUAGUUUAAAAAUGUUGGAUAUACUUCCUAAUAUUUAUUGAUUUAAUUGAUUUUCAUUAAACUUAUUGUUCAUAUUUUUUAAAUAAAGUUAUGUAUUUU